UUUGCAUUUUGUGUUACGAUCCGCAGUGCCUUUUGGGAGAUCCUUAAGGCCUCCCAGCUGACCUUGGGAAAUUCUUGGCCAGAGGCUACGGGGUGUGUGUGUGUGGGUAGGUGACUGAAGAGUUUACUGUAUAAUAGAUCCUAGGGUUGGGUGACAGAUAGUUUUAGGGUAAUGUGAAAAGCGUUCAGUGUUAAUAAUUGAAGAGGUAAUGACUGGCUCUGUUGGACUGUCACUGAUGAAGAUUUAACUGCAGUCAAACUAGAAAGACUUAGAGAAAUUUAUGUUUUCCAAAGGAGGGAUUAUUUUGCUUAGUUUUCAGGCGGCUAGGAUUAGUGCGUAAUAAAAGUAUUGUGAAAUUGCCCAUUUUAUAGAAGAAAUUUUUUAAUUACUCUGUAAAGGAAUGAGAUAAAUGUUACAGGUAUUAAGCUUGUUUUCUUUACAAAGCAGGGGCUAGUUGAUCCACAAUGAGAUUUAAUGUAAGGAUUUUCUGCAUUACAUAGUAGGUUGAACUACAUUUCUAAGUACGCAGGGUUCCGGAACUAGGAGUCCGAAUUUAGGGAGUCCCAGCCACCUUUAAAUGUCUUUAUAAAAGUAAAUUGAAACAGCUAGAUGAUUUUCUUGUUUAGUUGGAGAAACAUCCCAGAGAGAACUCUGCACCCUCAGCUGGUGUAAAUGGUUUCAGAAGGUGGAAGCUUCCUUUUCUAAAACAGUUCUGAGCCAAGGAAUGGAUAACCGGUACCUGGUAUUAGCAGUCGAUAUUGUACAGAAUGAAGAAGGAAACCAUGAAAAGCACCUAAUCAUCACUGCUUCCCAGUCGCUAGAUAAAGAACUGUGUAUCCUUAGGAAUGACUGGUGUUCUGUACCAGUAGAGCCAGGGGACAUCAUUCAUUUGGAGGGAGACUGUGUAUCUGAUACUUGGAUAAUAGAUGAAAAUUUUGGAUAUUUGAUUCUAUAUCCAGACAUGCUGAUUUCUGGUACAAGCAUAGCCAGAAGCAUUCGAUGUAUGAGAAGAGCUGUCCUCAGUGAAACUUUUAGGAGUUCUGAUCCAGCCACACGCCAAAUGCUGAUUGGUACAAUUCUCCAUGAAGUAUUUCAAAAAGCAGUAAGUGCUAGCUUUGUCCCGGAGAAACUACAAGAACUUGCUUUUCAAACUGUUCAGGAGAUAAGGCAUCUGAAAGAAAUGUACCGCUUAAACCUGAAUCAAGAUGAAAUAAAACGGGAAGUAGAGGAGUAUCUUCCUUCAUUUUCUAAAUGGGCUGGAGAUUUCAUGCAUAAAUAUAAUUCAGCUAACUUCCCUCAGAUGCAGCUCUCUCUGCCAAGUGAUAAUAGUAACAAUAAUUUGGCAUGCAACAUUGAAAUCAUAAACUCACUGGAUAUUGAAGAAAGCAUUUGGUCCCCUAGGUUUGGGCUAAAGGGCAAAAUAGAUGUUACAGUUGGUGUGAAAAUACAUCGAGGAUGUAAAACAAAAUAUAAGAUAAUGCCAUUGGAACUGAAAACUGGCAAAGAAUCAAAUUCUAUUGAACAUCGUAGUCAGCUUGUUCUGUACACACUGCUAAGCCAAGAGAGAAGAGCUGAUCCCGAGGCUGGCCUGCUCCUCUACCUCAAGACUGGCCAUAUGUACCCUGUGCCUGCCAACCAUCUUGAUAAAAGAGAAUUACUAAGGCUAAGAAACCAGAUGGCAUUCUCUUUGUUUCACCGUAUUAGCAAAUCUGAUACUGGAAAGGAGAAGGCAAAGCUUGCUCCUUUGCCCCAGAUAAUUGAAGAGCAACAAACCUGCAAAUAUUGUUCACAAAUGGGCAACUGUGCUCUUUAUAGCAGAGCAGUUGAACAACAGAUGGAUGACUGUUCUGUUCCAGUUGGCAUGCUGUCCAAAAUAAAAGAAGAAACCCAGCAUCUAAAGCUUACACACUUGGAGUAUUUCAGUCUUUGGUGUCUCAUGUUAACCCUAGAGUCAAAAUCAAAGGAUAAUAAAAAGAAUCACCAAAAUAUAUGGUUAAUGCCUGCUUCAGAAAUGGAGGAAAAUGGCAACUGCAUUGGAAACCUAAUCAGAAUAGAACGUGUAAGGACAGUUUGUGAUGGACAAUAUUUGCAUAAUUUCCAACGUAAAAAUGGUGCCAUGCCCAUCACAAAUCUAAUGGCAGGUGACAGAGUUAUUUUAAGUGGAGAAGAGAGAACACUGUUUGCAUUGUCUAGGGGAUAUGUGAAAGAGAUUAACAUGACAACAGUAAUCUGUUUAUUAGACAGGAACUUGUCAGUACUUCCAGAAUCAACUUUGUUCAGAUUGGACCAGGAAGAAAAAAAUUGUGAUAUAGAUACCCCAUUAGGAAAUCUUUCUAAAUUGAUGGAAAAUACUUGCAUCAGCCAAAAACUUCGAGAUUUAAUCAUUGACUUUUGUGAACCCCAGUUUAUAUCCUACCUCAGUUCUGUUCUUCCACAUGAUGCAAAAGAUACCGUUGCCUGCAUUCUAAAAGGUUUGAAUAAACCUCAGAGGCAAGCAAUGAAAAAGGUACUCCUUUCAAAAGACUACACACUCAUCGUGGGCAUGCCUGGAACAGGAAAAACAACUACAAUAUGUACUCUAGUACGAAUUCUCUAUGCCUGUGGUUUUAGUGUUUUGUUGACCAGCUAUACUCACUCUGCUGUUGACAAUAUUCUUUUGAAGUUAGUGAAGUUUAAAAUUGGAUUUUUGCGCCUGGGUCAGACUCAAAAGGUUCAUCCAGGUAUCCAGAAAUUUACAGAGGAGGAAAUUUGCAGAUCAGAGUCCAUUAAAUCCUUAGCCCUUCUAGAGGAGCUCUAUAAUAGUCAACUUAUAGUUGCAACAACAUGUAUGGGAAUAAAUCAUCCAAUAUUUUCUCGUAAAAUUUUUGAUUUUUGUAUUGUGGAUGAAGCCUCUCAAAUUAGCCAACCAAUAUGUCUAGGGCCACUUUUUUUUUCACGGAGAUUUGUGUUGGUGGGGGAUCAGCAGCAGCUUCCUCCCCUGGUGCUAAACCGUGAAUCAAGAGCUCUUGGCAUGAGUGAAAGCUUAUUCAAGCGGCUGGAGCGGAAUAAGAAUGCUGUUGUUCAAUUAACUGUGCAGUACAGAAUGAACAGUAAAAUUAUGUCUUUAAGUAAUAAAUUGACAUAUGAAGGAAAGCUGGAGUGUGGAUCAGACAAAGUGGCCAAUGCAGUGAUUAACCUACCUAACUUUAAAGAUGUGAAGCUGGAACUGGAACUUUAUGCUGAUUAUUCUGAAAAUCCUUGGCUGAUUGGAGUAUUUAAGCCAAACAAUCCUGUUUGUUUUCUUAAUACGGACAAGGUUCCGGCACCAGAACAAGUCGAAAAGAGUGGUGUGAGCAAUAUAACAGAAGCCAAACUCAUAGUUUUCUUGACCUCAAUUUUUAUUAAGGCUGGAUGUAAUCCCUCUGAUAUUGGCAUCAUUGCACCAUACAGGCAGCAGUUAAAGAUCAUCAGUGAUUUAUUGUCACAUUCUUCUGUUGGGAUGGUCGAAGUUAAUACAGUAGACAAAUACCAAGGAAGAGACAAAAGUAUCAUUCUAGUAUCUUUUGUUAGAAGUAAUAAAGAUGGAACUCUUGGUGAACUCUUGAAAGAUUGGCGACGUCUUAAUGUUGCUAUAACUAGAGCCAAACAUAAACUGAUUCUCCUGGGAUGUGUGCCCUCACUGAACCGUUACCCUCCUUUGGCGAAGCUGCUUAAUCAUCUAAACUCAGAAAAAUUGAUAUCCUUUUGUUUUGUAUGUAGUCAUAUUUGUGCUGUUGUGAGUACUUUAUUUGUACCUGUAUAAAACUCAUUGUCUCAUUGUGCUCUAUGAGCGUAUUUCAAAGAUCUGAUUUUACAAAGGAAAAGGGAGAAAACGAUUCAUAGGAAGUAAUUUUAAGCAAAAAGUGAAAUAAAGCAUGUGAUGGAGAAGGAUAGUUUAUGAAGUGAGAAAGGGGGAAAACAGAGACUUGAUUUGUUGCCCUAGGAACAGGAUGUAUGUUUCCUAGAACACAUCUAGGAAAACAGCUGUCCCUUCUGGUUCCUCUCACCCCUUUUUAUAACCUUUUUUCAAUGUUAAAAAGUAUUAUAUUAAAAAAUGUAAAAUUAUUCCUUGUCAUAUUGCAAAUUAUUUUUUAAAUAGAUGAUAUUUUAAAAAAAUAAUAUUAAGGUCUUAGGCUAAGAUAUAUAAACCUUAUUGCUUAAGUACAUUGUUAUCCAAAGACUGCCAUAAAAAUCUUUAUAAUUUUUUUAGCAGUUCAGUAAACCAAAUUACAAAAUUUUAAAUAAUGUCAUAAAUGUUUUUAUAAAGUUCCGUAUUGUAUUAAAUACAUCUUCCUUAAUUUAUUUUACAUCAUUGAUCUUCCAUCAGGAGAACAUGAAAGUCUUUGUUACAUAUUGGGUGAUUUUCAAAGAAGAUAAAGCUUUUUCCAUACUAGCAUGAUGAUCUCCUUUGACUACUGCCUAUUAUUAGUGAUUUGGGUAUGCUGUAAAGUCAAUGUCUGGUUAGACUGAAGAUACCUUUUAUACUGAGGGUAUGAAAUGAUGUAAAUGUACUCUGUUCACAGUUCUAGUUUUUAAUAUAAUCUUUUUAAGCAUAAAGUUCUAUCACCAUAUAAUAUUUAACACGGUAUUUAUUUUUUCAGGACAGGUCCACCCAAAACUGAAAAGUCUAAAUUUAUAGGUACUAUAAAUGUGUUUUGUGUGACCUAGAAAGAGUUUGAUAAAUUUUUACAGCAUUAAGGAUGGAUUAACUUUUGGAUCUAAGAAACUUUUAAGUCUAAAAUUUCAAGACUAAUUUGAUUUUGUACAUUUUUAUAUUUUGUGUUUUGAAAGAUUAGGUAAGAAAAUUGAUUUGUUUUUCUAUUUAAGCCCAGUCUUAUGAUGAUGAGAACAUAGGUAUGGUUCUUUUCUGUAUUUUCAGGUCCCUGAUCCAAAGGCCAUUUUGCUGGGUUUUUUUUCCCUGACUUUUGCUUUCUGGUAUCACAUAUGUUUUCACUUUAAACCUAAUCUUUUAAAUGUUAUUUAUAAAUUGAUUAUUUCCAAUUGAUUUCUGAUUCCCCCUUUCUCUCCCACUUGUUUUUAGUAUUUAGUGUUAUAUAGUGGAUUUUGAUAUGAAAUUCUUUUUCUUCUGAUAAGAAAUUUUGUUUGCUGAAUUGAUGAUAAAUUGAAAGGGUUCUUUUUGUAUGAAGAUAUUUUAUGAGACAAUUACCUCAGAACGCUUAAUUUAUGCAUAUGGUGAUGGAUUUUAAUCUCAGUGUAUCCAUCUUCUGGGGAGAAAUCUCAUUUUUCUUAAAGCUUUUUUUUAAUGAAUGUUAAAUAUGUUAAAAUUGUUGCUUCUACCUCACAUGUUAUUACUUGAAGUUUCUAUUGAAUAAAUUG